UUAAGAGUUGAACAUAACACCUCUGCUUAAACAUGGCUACACCUUCAUGGGCACGACAGUUUACCUGUACAUGGGUCGACGAGUGGAGGCUAGGCAUGUCUGGGUUUCCUAAGGACGCACCAGCGUGUCUGACGUUGUACCUAACCUCCAUUAGGUCAGAAGAAUGGAAAGCGGCUCUGGAAAUGAUACAAAAUGGCGAAGGGCAUUGCUUCGCCAAUGAAACUGGAAUUUUGUUUUCAAAGGAUUAUGAAUCAUCCAGCGAAUCUAGUAGUGAUGAGGAAGAAGAGGAGCAAGGCCCGCUCCCGGAAGACGAAGUUGCAUUUUUUGCGGGGUGCUUCCCAAAAGACCGAGUGAAGAAGACCGUGUUCCUUAGCAUUAUGGAGAAAUGUUUAGAAGAACGAAGAAAGCAAUGUAAGUGUCCCGCUUUAGACUGUGAAAAACAUUUCCUCGAUUACGUGCACAGAGAAACGAAGUCCAAGGGUGCCACAAAUCAAGAAAGAACCGGCCAGGAAAGCAAGGAUCUCCAGGCCAAGCAAGUGAUACAGCAGCUCGAGCAGACCAUAGAAGAUAAGGACAAGACC